CAUUUUUAUUUUAUUACAUAUUAAAGUUCAUUUUGAACCAUAUCUCAACCUCCUGCGAAUUUUUUUUUUUAGGGUAUCUUGUAUACGAUGGUCAAAGCAAAUAAGAAACAAACACAUACAUGCAUAUCGCAUUAUAUUGAGGGCAGUUGAGAAACAAAUAACCAUCGGUAAAUUAUUAGAGACGGAUUGCUAGGUGCUCUUUAGUUUGGAACUUUCCAAUACACACUUACAUCACAGUAGUUGAAAAAUAAUAAUUUGAUGAUGGAUUCAUAAUCAUGCAAAUUAGACCAUAUUCAGACUGACAAGUGUUUAAACUGCAUGCAUGCAAGCUUGGCCGUCGAAAAAUGAAACACAAAUCUAUCGUGAUGAGAUCUAGUUCCAAAAGCUCAUCCUAUUAUUUGGCAUGACCCUCUACCAUAUAUACACAAACACUCAAAACCCCUUUAAGCAUCCCUAUCCACCGUCGUGAUCAGUCAAACCUUUCCCUACCAAUUGAGAAGAUGGCUAGCAGCAGCAGCAGCGACGCUGAUCAGUGCAAGUUGGACAUCUCCGGAGGCCGGCUCCCAUCGCCCUACUCCUUCCCCACCUCGGCCACGGUGAUGGACGUGAAGCAGCGGAUCGAGUCGGACCUCAACGUUUCGGCCUGGAGGCUCACCCUGUACGUGCUGCCGCCGCUGGUGCAACAGCAGGCGAAGAUGGACGACGACGACCGGACGCUGGCUUCCUACGGGAUCAAGGCCGGAGACACCGCGAAGCUGCUGCUGGAGAUCGAGCCCAACACAAUCCGCGUGAUGCUCCACUACGAGGGCUACCCGCCGUGGCUGGGCGGCGACUUCAUCCUCUGCUACGAGACGGCCACCGUGGGUUACGUGAGGGGGGAGAUUCUGGACAAGCUUCACACCAUGGGCCUGCUGGAGAUUGAGCCGGACGACAUGCUGCUCUACUUCGGCAACCGCCUGCUGGACGAUCCUGGCGCUGCUCUUUGUCACUGCGGCGUGGGGAAUGAGGGUCGCAUCACCAUCCGGUUCAUCAGGAACCAUCCACCGGAGGGUACACACCUCUGAUUUCCGUGUCUACCACGGCCGCCGCCGCCGCCUGCCGGCCGGAGUUUGCCUACUCUAGCUACUUCAGUACUAGUUAUAUAUGAAUAUGAGUGUGUUAUUGUCAUUUAGUAUGGUGCUAUUGGGUAUGUAUGGUAUGGAUCGUAUGGACGGAUGGAUAUGCAGUACUAUUAGCUAGAGAUAGUCAUCAUGUUUGCUCUCUAUUCUAUAUAUAUAUAUGUUGUUAUUAUGUGAUUUGGAUGCAUUUGAUUUCUAUGAUAUUGAAAAAAAGAAAAUUUGUCUCAAAAUUACUUUGGUGAUGGUGCGGUGGAUAUAUACUCUAUUGCCUUGAAGGAAUUAUGAUCGAUAUCAUUUAGAGGUGACAAUUUUCAAUCCAAUCCACCAAUUCAAUCCACCAAUCCAUUAAGAAUAUUCACCUAAUCCAAUCCAUUUGAUCCAAAUGGCAAAUUACGGUUUGAUACCUAUACUUUUUAUAUUUUACAUUUUGAUACCCAAAAUUUAAUUUUUAUACGAAAAAAUAUCAUUGGAAAAUUACGUUUUGGUAUCUAAAAAUUUUCAUCAUGACAUUUUAGUACCUAAACUUUUCACAUUUUUACAUAUUGAUCCUUGGUUGAGGAUGUCAUUUGGAUUCAUGGAUAAUCCACCAAUCCACUUGAUCCAAUCCAUGAAUCCACCAAUCCAUUGGAUCCAAUCCAUUUGAUCCAUGGAUCCACCAAUUCAUGGAUCAAUCCAUUUGCGACCUCUAAUAUCAUUAAAUCACUAUCUACGAGAUCCACCAUAUUUUUUCUUAGAGAAAAAAGAAAGAAUUAGCGAGCCAUGCAUGUACUUUUAACGAAUAAACAGAGGUAAUUUGAGUGUUUUUAUUUUCACUUUAAAUAAAAUGUAAGUUUAAAAGCUGAAGUAAACCAUAUUUUCUUUCCUAAUUUCUUCGAAAGGUUAGGAAUAUAAGGAUGCAAACCCUUUAUAGGUAGCAACAUGUUUUUGUCUCUUCGUGUCUCUACACUCUCCGAGUUGCUUUCUACAUGUUAGUUCUCUUUAUAUAAAUGUCUCUCUUUCCGUCGGUCUUUUCUCGUCGCCGACUAAUCUCACUACAUAGAACGUCGAUGACAAAUAUAUGAGUUAGGGAUGGCAAUGGGGCGAGUUUGUCUAAACCCUCCUCAUCCCCAUCCCUAUUUUUAAAUAUCCAAACUCGUAUCCGCUCCAUAUCCAUAUGGAGAAGGUUUUUCAAAUCAAUCCUUGUACCCGUUGGUAAUACCUGCCCCGUACAUUCAAUAUUAUUAUACCUAAGAAUCUACGUAUAAACUUUAAAUAAUAAU